GAAAUCCCUUGAUGAAAACAAGCUAUAUUAAAGGCCCCAAACCACUAACCUCAUGGUUUUACACUGAGUGUCUUUAAUGUGAAAUGGGCCUGACCCACUCUAAGGCUCACCCAAGGGUGACCAAGGUAGCACCUUUGCAAAACAAAGAGGAAGAGACUCCCUCAGCCGCCCCUGUGGACUUUGUAUUCACUGAGAAUCCAGAAGAAAAGAGUUCAUAUUCAUUUGCAAGACUGCAGGAACGGAAUAAAGCUUUGGAAGGGCAGUUGCCACCUCUAAGAGAGACCUGUUAUGGAAGAUAUUCUGCAGGACCGAGGGCCAUGUAUUUUGACAUUCCACUGGAACAGGGAGAAACAAGUAUUAUUAAAAGGCAUCCACCCCGAAGACUUCAAAAGCUUGAACCCAUUGGCCUGCCACAAGUAAUUACUUCUGAAAGGCUCCUGAGCCAGCAAGAAGCUGGGAGGACUCACAAAGCCAAGCAGGAACUGGAAAAGAAGAUGCAAACUCUAAUGUAUCCUUCUGGGAAAAGACAAUAUUUACAUAAGAUGCAAGUGCUGGAAAUGAACCGUAAAAGACAAGAGGCCCAAGUGGAAUUGAAGACAAGUCUUCACAAGGAGGCAAGAACUAAUAAGCAGAAACAGAGGGACCAUAAAGUCAAGAAAAUCCUUCAAAGCAUCCCAAGAAAUGAUGACGGUGACUUUCUAACCUUGUUGCCUGAUGAAACCUUGAACAGAAGUCCAGGUGAGGCACUUUCACUUGCUCAUGGGGUGUCGCGUGUAGAGGCCUUGCACCCAGCACUAGGAACCAGAGUUCCUAGUGCGAAAAGGCAGCACCAACAGUUCAGUUGGAGGAACCUUGUACAGGGACACUGCGCCCAGCACUGUGGUCCGGAGCCUGAGCAGCACAGCUGCGUUCACCUGGGAAGAACCCCGCCUCCUCCCCGGUACUGA